GAAAAUGGUCAAAUGAGUGAAUACAGGUUCAGUUUUGAAGGAAAAUUUGAUCUUUUGAUCUGCGACCCGUUCUCGCCGGAGUCUGCCAGGUAUCUUCGAGACCGAAAGAGAAAAGCCGCAGCUAUUUGCCCUGUGAAGGAUUCAUCCAUGAACGUUAAUGAAAAUGCUUUCUUAACAGCACCAAGCACCGGCUCCUGUUCAUCUGCUAAUGACCAUAAUUUUAAGACUGAGAGGACAUGCGAAAAACCUGUGGAGAGUCCUCCUAUCUUGAAAGUUUCCAGGGGAAAAUAUUUUAAGAAUGAUAGAAUGGAUGAUGAACUUUCUGACAUAGAGGUUGACUGCGAAACAAACUCUUUGAUAAAUAAUGCCGUCGAUCAGUGGUUUUGGAAAGAUGGUAAUGGAAAAUGGAUUCCAUAUCCCAAAAAAAUGAACGAUAAAAUCAACAGAAGUUACAAACGAAACCCUGGUUCCACUGUUGUAGUUACAAUAAAAGACCAAACAUACAGGGUAGUUAUGGCCAAAAAUAUGCAUAUAAAUUUGACAACAAGGGAGGAGUCUAAAGUUAAAUUUGUAAAAUUUGAUUUAUAA